UGUAAUUGCCAAGUUACACUUAGCAGUCAUUGCUUGUUGUGUGUUAUCACCCAAGAUAAUAUGAUUCCAAAAUAUGACUGUCCAAGCAUAUUUAAAACAAUAAGUGCCUUACCUAUUCGUUUCUGCCUCGUCCUGGUUCUAGUGCUGUGCAAAAAAUCUACUUUUUGCGAGUCGCACAAACUUAGCCCUGAGAAAUGUGUUGUAUGGGGUCCGGGACUCGACCCCGAAGUUGUAUUGCCCGUUCGAUACUUUUACAUUCAGGCAGUGAACUCCGCGGGAAUAAACUUCACAAAGACUCCAGGUAAAGAUUCAUUUCGGGUGCGGAUUUCCUCGCUGUCUCCCGGAGAGCACAUCCGCAUCCAUGUUCCACAGCCCCUCGACCGUGCUGAUGGCUCCUUUCUCAUGAGAUACCGGCUGUAUGGCAGUGCUUCCAAUGGGCUGAAGGUGGAAGUGUUUUGUGAGGAUAAGCCCGUUGGCCAUUCUCCCUAUAUCCUACCAGGUCCAGUGUACCAUGAGUACUGUGAUUGCCCAGAGGCCGACCCUCCUGUCUGGCUGGGCAACCUGGCUUGCCCUGCCCAAGAGCCUCAGAUCCUGAAGGACUUCAGCAGCUUUCCCAUCAUAGACUUACAGCGCCUUCUAAAAGAGGUCCCGCAUCGCUUCACCCAGAGAGGAGGCCUCAUCCACUAUACUAUCUUCAACAACAAAGUCUACCGCCGUGCCCUGGGUAAAUACACAGACUUCAAGAUGUUCUCAGAUGAGAUGCUGCUCUCUUUGUCCAGGAAGGUGCGGUUGCCUGACGUGGAGUUUUACAUCAAUGUGGGAGACUGGCCAAUGGAGGCACGGAAGGUCAACGAUACCCCUGGGCCUCUGCCAAUCAUCUCUUGGUGUGGCUCUGCAGACACACGUGACAUCAUCCUGCCAACCUAUGAUAUCACCCAUUCCACUCUGGAGACCAUGAGGGGUGUGUCCAAUGACCUGCUUUCUGUCCAGGGGAACACAGGCCCCCCUUGGGUUAACAAGACAGAGCAGGCUUUUUUCCGUGGAAGGGAUAGUCGUGAGGAGCGCCUUCACCUGGUCACUCUGUCCAGGGAGAACCCGGAGCUGCUAGAUGCUGGAAUCACUGGAUACUUCUUCUUCCGGGAGAAGGAAAAGGAGCUGGGAAAGGCACCACUCACUGGCUUCUUCAACUUCUUCAAGUACAAAUACCAGGUGAAUGUGGAUGGUACUGUGGCAGCAUACAGGUUUCCUUACCUGAUGUUGGGAGACAGCCUUGUUCUCAAACAGGCCUCUCCUUAUUAUGAGCACUUCUACACACAGUUGCAGUCAGGAAAACAUUAUGUACCUGUGCAGAGGAGUCUGUUUGACCUCAUUGACAAGAUCAAGUGGGCCAAGAAAAAUGAUGCAGAGGCACAGAAAAUAGCCAGAGCAGGGCAGAUACUGGCUAGAGAGCUACUGCAGCCCAGCAGGCUGUAUUGUUACUACUACACUGUGCUGCAGAUGUACGCAGAGCGCCAAGCCAGCCGACCCACAGUGCAUCAGGAGAUGGAGCUAGUUCCCCAGCCAUCAGACCACACUGCCCUCUGCAGGUGUGAGCGGGAAGCAAAUGGGGAUGGGCCUGCUUCAGGGAAGGAUGAGCUCUAACACAACCAUGGAGAAUGUGGUGGGCAAACAACUGUGUUACAGAAGACCUACAAUGUUUGGAGCCUGUGAUCGGUUUAUAUCGGGAGUACAACUUGUAGUGUUUUUGUUAAAAGGUUAGAGAGUGUCCAGCUACUUGUAGGCUUUGUGUCUGAAGGCAAACUUUACUUCAGCUGCUUCAGACAAAGUUCCUGUGAUAAUCUCCUAGAAUGAGAACUCUUAAUGGUAAGCCAAUUUUUCUUCAUAGGCCAUGGCUUUAUGAGGAUGAAAUGCUAGCUGACUUCACAAAUGUCCUGGGCGCAACCACCCCUUCCCCCAAAACUAAAUUCACCAAGAAACACCCAUUUCCCUGCAAAUGCGGGAUAAUGAGGGAAUUUGAUGGGUAAAGAUUGGCAGCAUUAUGAAAUGUAAGUGCCUUUAUUACAGAGCUUCACCUGUACCUUUAUUCCGUAUAGUUUUCUCUUCAAACCCAAAACCUGUGGUACACCAAGGUGGCCUGUGUGAGUUGAUGUUGUCUUGUAUGCAGCGAUGCAAGAAUGACUAAAUUCUCAGGGUUUAUCUGACCAUUUCUUCUUGUGUGUAUUUUGGUGUGUAUGUGCUUUUUUUUUUUUUUUGGAACUGUAUUUUGGAUGUUUACUUUUUCAGUAUUUCAACUAGCAUAAACAGUAUUUUAUGUAUUUUAAAGAUUCUGGCCUGAUUGAUUUGUUAUAGCAAAAUCGGUUUAAGUAAGAAUGAAUUUCCAAUUGUGUAAUUAUGUUUCUCUUAACACACAGAUAAGAAUAUUGCUGCCAUCCUUAAAUCCAGUGUUUGGAUGUAAACAUGGAAU